AUGAGGAUUAUAUUCUCCAAACAUAUUAGCAGUGACAAAAGCAUCUACCAAAAUCCGGAAGCAUCGUGUUCUACUAAGAAGCGAACGGGACCGUAUACUGAAAAUGUGAAGGAUGACACGGAAGGUUUAGUGACCAUACACAAGAAACCUAGAAAUGAUUCUUUGGGCAAGGAAGACAUCACAAAUGACACAUUUAGUCCACAAGGUACUCCUACAAAGAAUAUUUUGAAAGACAAUAAAGAAACUCCAGAACACAUCGGAAAACUGCACGACCUGGUUGACAACUUGCGGGUACGCACAACCAUGCUUGUUGAUUCCAGUGUACCCACCAUCUAUUACGGCGCUCGAACACAUAUGCAGCUUCAACAGGUCAUCAAGGAGUACAGAAGAACUUCUUACUGCGGAAAAGCUAAGAUGACUAUACUUUCCAGUAGAGAUAAGAGUUGUAUCAGGGAGUUCAACAAGGACCAAUGGAGCACAAGGAAUGAUAUGUGUCGCGAUUGUAUUAGGUCUGACAACCAGUCAUCAUCAAACAAUGACAGUAAGAAGACGAAAGACUCCCAGUGUUUGUACUAUGACAACCGUCGCGCGCUCUCACACGAGGUUAUGCCUGACACCUUCGACUUAGAGGAGCUCAUACAGAUUGGACACAGGAAGCACGCCUGCCCCUACUACGGCGCGCGGGAAAUGGCCAAGACUGCUGAUAUCAUCUUUUGUCCUUACAACUAUCUUAUAGACCCUAGUAUUAAGGCUAACUUACAGAUAAAUCUUCAAGGCGCCAUUAUUGUGAUCGACGAGGCCCACAACAUAGAAGGUAACUGUCGCGACGCAGCUUCCCUCAGCAUCACUCAAACUCAAAUUCAGAAUGCGCUCAAGGAACUUCGUUCAGUAGCCGAGUACCGGUUCGCGAACCAAGACGUUCUGAGCUACGUCGAUGAGCUGGUAAUCCAUUUACAGAACUGGAACGAUUGGUUCGAACACCAGCUGCCGUUGAUACAGAGUCAGGUCGUGAACGGCAACAGUGCUACCUACGCGUGGGAAACGAAGUACUUCGUGGACACGCUCGAGAACCACAACAUCGGUUACAAACAUUUUAAUGAUUUCAAGGUAAGCAGUGACACUUUCUGUCGGCGGCUGCGGGAAGACCCUCGCCCGCUGUAUGGAGUCACCCAGGCCACCGGCACUCUCUUGGAGUCACUCGCAACUGUGUUUGGGUAUAUGUACCGAGGGCUGUGCCAACAUUUGGAUGACUUCAAGCCGGUGUUGGAGAGGUACGUGUCCGUCAAAACCAGUGGCUUGUCUGCCAACGAGGGGUGGAGAAAGUCUUAUUUUAAUAAGAGGGUCGACACGGAAACCUUAACCUUGCACCUGUAUUGUAUGAACGCAGCCAUUGUGAUGGAGAGCUUGAAAGUCGCCCGCUCCAUCAUGUUGUCGUCGGGCACCAUGACCCCUAUGGGCAACAUCCACGCUGAACUCGGGACACCGUUCCCCUUCUGUGUGUCACCGAACCACGUUAUAUCGGACGACAGGGUUUGGAUAGGGGUAGUGUCGGGGGACGCGCGAGGCCCGCAGGAGUACACGAUGAAGGGCACGCGGGUCCCCGGGGCCACGGAGCGGUUCGGCCAGCUCGUGCUGCGCGUGAGCCAGCUCGCGCCGCACGGCGUCCUGUGCUUCGUCACGUCCUACGCCAUGCUCGACAAGCUGAAGAGAGAAUGGAUGGACACUGGCAUGUUAUCAAAAAUGGAGAGUUUGAAACACGUGUUCUACGAGAAAAGAAACUCUAAUGACCAUGAAGAAAUGAUGAAGGAGUUCUACGAAUACGUGGCCACAGAGAAAGGAGCCUUGCUGUUCGCAGUGUACCGAGGGAAGGUGUCGGAGGGGAUGGACUUCAAAGAUCACCAAGCGAGGGCUGUUAUAUGUAUGGGUAUACCUUAUCCGAAUACAUACGAAAUUGCAGUCAAAGCCAAGAUGGAGUACAACGAUAGGCAUAGGUCUAGAGGGCUACUUUCUGGGAAAGACUGGCUACGGGUACAAGCUUACAGGGCGUUGAACCAGGCGGUGGGGCGCUGCGUCCGCCACAAGCUGGACUGGGGCGGGGUGGUGCUGGCCGACGACCGCUACACCAAACCCUUCUACACGGAGCAUCUCUCCAAGUGGGUGCAGAGAAUGCUAAACUCAAAUCAUCACACUUAUGAAAGUCUAGAAAGCAGUUUGGACGAAUUCGUAAAGAAAAUGAAAAUAUCUGAUGAAGAGGACGAACACGCGAUGCAAUAA